UUCAAAUGAAAAACUCCAAUUCAAAUUCGACAUUUUAGCAUUUUCCUAUUAAGGUGGUUAAAAUUGGGAUUCUUUCGAACUCGUUCGCUCAUUCAAAGGCUGUGCGGAAAGACCCGUUUGGCAGUGCGAAGAUUGUGUGUUUAAAAUUGCUGCUUGCUGUAAAAUCAACAUCCUACUGGGUCUAAUAUCUGUAUAAUAAAAUUACAAUAUUUAAAGACUAUAUAGGAAAAGUGUUCGCAGUGGAAAGAAAAUACAGCAAUAGAGAAGGGCCCGGAGCUAAUGAAAAUUAUUGUGUUGCUUUUGCCGAAGGAAAAACUCCAUAUUUUUACAGCGUGGGCACGUAGCUAUCGCACACUGCUAAAGAUAAAAAUGACCGAGUCAGACGGAAUUUAAAAGGAGAACUCGAGACAAUUGACGGACACGAAAAGACGAAAAACAAGAGUGCGUUCUUUAUGGUAUUUGAAGAUAGAAAAAGAAAAUAUUUUGAUCAAGUGCACUUCAGACAUCUGAGAUAUUCAUGAAGGUAUUGUAACAAAAAACGGCAAUAUAGUAAACAGGGCGAUUACCUGGGAAUUCUCAUUUUUGGUUUAUAUAAUAUAUAAAAAAUCAAUACAAAUAUUCAAGUUGAGGAAAUCGAGGAAAAAUUAUACGUGCAAAAAAAGAAAAACUUCUUAGCAAAGAAUCGAUGAGAUCUAUGAAUGAAGAACCGCUCAACAAUAAAUUGAAGUGAACGAAACCCGGCACUUAUCGCUAAUAGCAACACACAGACAUAAGUGUUUCAAGUUGAUAGAGUGUUUGCAACUUCAAAUUCCCCAACGAUGGCAAAUAAUCACAACAGAACACUCCGAGAACUUUUCAAGGGCGAACCCAGACCGACGUUGCUUUCAAAACAUCCAAAACAGCAAAGGAGUUGCUUAAAGAUGGUAAUGCAACAUUUUUUAAACGAUUACGAAAAUAAUCUGGAAUUCUUGACUGGUAAAAUUGCAACGUUGUGUUACUGCGGAGCGUUUUUGAGUUUGGGACUGUCCGAAGCCGUGAUUGGACCAACCUUACUAGAGUUGGGGUGUCAAACAAACCGCGGUAUGAACAGGAUGGCGUGGGUCCUUUUCAUUCAAGCGUUUUCUGCUUGGUUUGGCUCACUUUCCGGGGGGAUAUUGGCGGAAAGAUACAACUGCAAUCGAAUUUUGAUGGCAAACGUGUCGGUGAUUGGUAUCUGUCUGUCGUUUAUUCCUCUAUGGCUCAACUACUACGGUCUAUUGGUUACAAUUGGUGUACUCGGAGUCAACAUGGGAAUGAUCGAUACAGUAGCAAAUGUCAAUCUUAUCAAAAUUCAUGGAAGAGAAGUUGCUCCACGACUUCAGGCUCUCCAUUUCUGUUAUGGCAUUGGAGCUUUGCUUAGUCCAAUCAUUGUUCGCCCUUUCUUGCGAGACAAGUGCGAAGUAACGAUUGCCAUGCGCAAUUCGUCAAGAAGUACAAUGAAGAACGGGACAGUGAAUAGUCCAAUGAUCCGCCAAGAUAUCAUUGAUGAACCAAUAAAAGUGCUCUACGGUUAUUGGAUAAUUGCCUCUAUUCAGGUUCCCAUAAUUCUUAGCCUCCUUUAUGUCGUCGUGAAGCAAAACCGCCUGCAGGAUGAAUUUCCUGUCGCAAAUGAAGGUCGAAUGAUUUCCUUGAGUGACGAAGACUCAUUGUCAAACAAAGAUACCACGAAAAAUUUAAGUCAAAUUUUUAAGCCCGUUAGUUUACUUCCGGCAAGUAAGCCCCGAAUUUCAAUUUCCAUACGUGUGAUAGUCGUUACUUUUCUAUCUUCAAGUCUUCUUUUCUUAUGCGAAGGCCUCAAGGGCAGCUACGCUGGAUACCUGUACACAUUUGCAGUCAAAAGCGAAGUACAUCUGACAAGUCAACAAGGUGCUUUAUUAAGCACUCUAUUUUGGGGGCAUUUUGCUGCAGGUCGUUUCAUAUCCAUUCCAGCAGCAGUGUUCAUCAAACCUGAUAAAAUGGUGUGCAUCAGUUUGGCUGGAUGUUUAUUAUCGAUGUCAUUCGUGCUCUACUUACACGAAAAGGCCUUGGCUGUUUACAUUGGAGUUAGCUUAUUUGCUUUAUUUGCGAGCAGCGUGUUUCCCUCAACUUUAGCUCUAGUCGAAACGUACAUAUGGGUUACAGGUCCAGUAACCAGCUUGAUGGUGAUAGGUUCAGCAACGGGUGAGAUGAUCAUUCCAAUGAUUGUCGGGAAGCUGUUUGUGAAAGCUGGACCAAUCUACUUCUUAGUCGUGGGAUUAAUCACAUGCGUUUUGGCUAUUAUAAUAUACAUUGUUCUUCGGUGGUCGUCUACGGUCACCCGUGAUAUUUCAGUGAUGUCACUCAUGCGAAACAUAUUCAAUACUCUGUGUCAGAACAAAAAUUACAAACGGGAACCUAGUGAAAAAAAAUACGAAUACACAAAACUUCUUUCUACGUCGACGGAAAGCUCGAGUGCUUCGACUUCAAUGGAGUCCGCCGAGCACGGAACUGGGGAGAGCACAGGUACAUUAGUGGCAACAUCAAACAGCCUGACAUCUAUAGCGUCUAUCCAAGACUGAGUACAUAGGAUAAUGAGCUUUCAAAGACGACUACCUUCCUAAGGAGGAGUACAAAAGCGUGUACACGAGAAUACAACUACUUCAACUUGAUUGAUGGGAUGCAAAACCCAAAAGACGGAGUUGUGUCCUGUCCAUCGCUGGACACUUUUCGCAGAGUUUUUUUUUGGCCACAAUAUAACAACACAAAUAACGUGCAAAACUUUGCUCUAGAAAAGAUUGUAUUCAUUAAUAAUCUUUAAUGGUUUCCACUCCUUUGCAUUUAUUGCGUAAAGUGGUUAUGAAUUGAAAUUUUACUACGCAGUUUUCUCAUUGUAUUGUAGAACACUUAAAGUUACUGAAUGACUUCAUGAAUAGAUUGUAUUAUUUUAUAUCUUUCUUGCGAAUUUAAAUUAUUAAUUAUGCAAAAACAUCAUUGUGACAUCACAUUGCAUGAUAACAUUUCAAAGACCAUUGAUUUUUCGCAUCGUCGGAACAUUUAGUUCGCAUAUAAAACAUUUAAAUAGAUAAAUGAGUAGAUGAAUAUGUGCAUAGAUGCCGAAGUUAGAUAUUUCACAAGACAUUGUAGAUAAAAAUUACUAUUUUACAAAUCUUAAUUAUGUCUUGUGAUAUCAGCAACGUUUUUGCAUAGUUAAUAAAGUUAAUUAUUCUGGAGAAAGAUGUGAAGCAAAAUAAUUCCACUGAAGAAGUCGCUAAGUCAUUUUAAAUGGUCUUUGCAACGCAAUCAUAAA